GUUCUGCGGCCUGCGGCGUUUUUCUGGUCGACCAAAAAAACCGUCAACAAAAGACAGCAGCCAUGUCGCGUUUCUUCUACGGUGGCAGCAGCGACAGCGAGUCGAGCUCUUCCGACGAGGAAGAACUCUACAGCGACCGCGAGGCGGAGGAACAGUCCGAGGAGGAAUCCAGCGAGGAGGAGGAGGACCAGGACGAGGAUGAGUCCUCGGACGAAGAGGAGGGAGGAGCGGGUAAAGCGAACCGUUUCUUGAAGGACAUUUCGGACGAGGAGGAGAGCGAGGAUGAGGACAAGGUGACGGUGGUGAAGAGUGCCAAGGACAAGCGGCUCGAGGAACUCGAGAGCACAAUCCGGUUGAUCGAGAAUGCUGAGCGGAUCGGUGACUGGGCUGUCAUUUCGGCUGAAUUCGACAAGUUGAACCGUCAGAUCACCAAGAUCGCACAGGCCGGUCCCACGCCCAAGGUGUACAUUAAGGCGGUUGCCGAUCUGGAGGAUUUCGUGCUCGAGACCGUGACCAAGCAGAAGAGCUCUGGCAAGAAGAUGAACGCGGGCAACGCCAAGGGCUUCAACGCGGUCAAGCAACGGAUCAAGAAGAACAACAAGGAUUACGCCGCUCAGAUCGACAAGUACCGGAGCAACAAGGACGAGUACAUGCAGAGCGAUGAGGAGCCCGAGAAGCCCGUCGUCGCGCCGGCCUUCCGUCCUGCCCGGGUGGAGCGCGUCGAGGCCGCCGCCGCCGCUGCUGCUGCCCUCGCCGACGACGAAGGGUUCGCGACCGUCGGCCGUGGUGGAAAGACCCUGCAGUACACCCCCGAGAGCAUCCUCAAGCACCUGCGUGUCAUCGUUGAAUCUCGCGGAAAGAAGAACACCGAUCGGAUGGAGCAGAUCCGCACCAUGGAGAAGCUGCUGGAGGUCGCCCAGACCCCGUACCAGCGCAUCCGGGUCUACCUCACCCUCAUCUCGACCCGCUUUGAUCUCACGUCGACCUCGGCCGGCAACUACAUGAGCCCCGACCAGUGGAAGCUGGCAGAGCAGGAGUUCACCACGCUACUCUCCGUGCUCGAGGAGAACCGCAACCACAUCGUGGCCGAAGGCGCCGAAGAGUGGGAGGAUGAUGAGAAACAGCCCCAGGUCACCGCGGGCGAGACCUUGUAUAUCCCCGGUAGCAUCGUCUCGUACGCCGAGCGCCUCGAUGACGAGCUCACCCGCUCGCUGCAACACAUCGACCCCCACACGGCCGAGUACAUCGAACGGUUGAGCGACGAGCAGCAGCUCUACAACAACCUGGUCCGCGCUCAGCUGUACAUGGAGGAGCUGAACAAGUCCGAGCCGUCCGGCCCCCGCCAGGACAGCGUCAACCGCGUCAUCAUGAGACGCCUGGAGCACAUCUACUUCAAGCCGUCGCAAGUGGUGACGAUCCUCGAAGAGGCCACAUGGAAGGCCCUGCCCCCAACUGUGGACUCGGCCGUCACCCCGCGCAGCGCUACCGACGUGACCGACCUCGUCCAGACCCUCUGCAACUACCUCUUCCAACACAGCGAUGGCAUCAUCCGCGCCCGUGCCAUGCUUUGCCAGAUCUACUUCCUCGCCCUGCACGACCAGUACUACCGCUCCCGUGACCUGAUGCUCAUGUCCCACCUGACGGAGAACAUCGCCAACUUCGAUGUCAGCACCCAGAUCCUCUUCAACCGCGCGCUGGUGCAGAUCGGCCUCUGCGCCUUCCGGGCCGGCCUCAUCUACGAGGCUCAGAACACCCUGUCCGAAGUCUGCGGCAGCGGCCGUCAGAAGGAGCUGCUGGCCCAGGGUAUCAUCCUCCAGCGCUACUCGACCGUGUCGCCCGAACAGGAGCGCCUGGAGCGUCAGCGCCAGCUGCCCUUCCACAUGCACAUCAACCUCGAACUGCUCGAGUGCAUCUACCUCACCUCAAGCAUGUUCCUGGAAGUGCCUCUGAUGGCCCAGACCUCCUCAUCGCCUGAGAUGAAGCGCCGCGUCAUCUCCAAGACCUUCCGCCGCAUGCUGGACUACAACGAGCGCCAGGUCUUCACGGGCCCCGCCGAGAACACCCGCGACGGCGUCAUCAUGAGCGCCAAGUUCCUCGCCGCCGGCGACUGGAAGAAGGCCGCCUCGAUGCUCAACUCGAUCAAGAUCUGGGACCUCAUGCCGCAGCCGGACAAGAUCAAGGAGAUGCUCUCCCAGCAGAUCCAGGAGGAAGGCCUCCGCACCUACCUCUUCACCUAUGCCCCCUUCUACGAUACGCUCUCCAUCGCCACCCUGGCGGACAUGUUCGAGCUGCCGGCCAAGAAGAUCGCCGCCAUCGUCAGCCGGAUGAUCUCUCACGAAGAACUGGCCGCGGCGCUCGACCAGGUCAACGACGCCAUCGUCUUCCGCAAGGGUGUCGAACUUUCCCGUCUGCAGUCCCAGAUCAUUACCCUUGCCGACAAGUCCAUGUCGCUCCUCGAGGCCAACGAGAAGACCCUCGAGCAGCGCACGCAGGGUAUGGCCAAUGCCUUCCAGCGCGAUCAGGGCGCCGGCGCCCGUGGCGGCCGUGGUGCCGGGCGCGGUGGCCAGGCACGCGGCGGACCCAGACUCCCCGGUGGCCAGCAAGGUCGCCGACCUGGUGGCCAGCAGUUCAGCGGUGGUGCGUUGGGUGGAGCUAUCAAGGCAUAAAUUCUUUUGUAAUGGGUGUUAUUAACAUUGUUCAUUUUUUCUUCUCUCCACGGCUCUUUUUUCCCCCUUUGAAAUGUAUCGGAGUUUUCAGCUAUCCACCACCCUUCCUCCUCCUCUCCCACCACCUCCUGCAUUCCUCCAAAAUCUGAACCACCGAAAAAAAAAAAUUAUUUAGGCCUUCAAAAAAUGAAGCGGAGAAAGACAG